CUGUGACAGAAAGAAGAAGUGAAAUAGAUAUAUGCGUGUUAACCUCGUAUAAAUAUUUUGUUUUUGUGAAAAGGAAAAUAAUGCAAACAUGUCUAUGCGACCUGAUGAUCACCGAAGGAAAUGGAAUCGGGAAGAAUAUGAAAGGAUUGCACUUCAAAGACUUCAAGAUGAGAUUGCAGAGGAAGAAUUAGGAAUUCCCAAGCAGCCAGCUGUUAAAAGAGAAUUGCUAAAGCAAAGAGAUUAUAAAGUUGAUCUCGAAUCUAAACUAGGAAAAAGUGUCGUUAUCAAUAAAAAUACGCCAUCAUCACAAACCGGAGGAUACUACUGCAAUGUUUGCGACUGUGUUGUCAAAGAUUCAAUUAAUUUCUUGGACCAUAUCAAUGGGACAAAACAUCAACGUAAUCUUGGUAUGUCCAUGAAGAUAGAGCGAUCUACAUUGGAUCAGGUUAAGGCAAGAUUUGCACAAAACAAAAAGAAACUUGAAGAAAAAAAGAAAGAUUAUGAUUUGGAACAAAGAGUGAAGGAGCUGAAGGAAGAGGAAGAAAAAAUCAAAGAGUAUAGAAAGGAGAAGCGAAAGGAUAAGAAGAGGAAGAUUGAGGAAUUGUCCGAGGAUGACGCAGGACCUUCUGAUGAAAUGGCCGCAAUUAUGGGAUUCUCUGGCUUCGGCUCGAAAAAAAAGUGACAAAUUGCAGUGGUCGAACGUUCAUGAGCAAUUACUUGAAGAAGAAAAUAUUCUUUGAAGAAGGUCGCGACCGAAUCAUAUAGAUAUAUGAUUUGAAGACAAGUGAAAACAAAUAGGUGACAAAUAGUUUUAAUUCUAAAUCUUUGGAACUAAGGAUACGAUUUGUGAAUGUUUACAAUGAUUUUUUAUUUUUCCAUC